UUACCAGAUCCCUUACCAGGAGCCCGCCUCUCUCUCACUCUGGUUAGUAGUCCUUGCUGUCGAUCGGAGCAGUUGUCACCUCUGAUUGGACGGAGCCAAGUUUUGCUGGCGGGGCCCGCGCCCUGCAGCGCCGGUCAGUCGGACCCUCCAGGACCGGACAGUUCGGGCACCGCUGCUGGUCUUACCAGGAGCGUGAGGGACCUGCUGCUCGCGACUUCUCAGGGUCAGCAUCCAGGCGGGCGGCGAUGAUCCUCGAGGAGAGGUCAGAUGACCCGGGCGCCGGCGAGGACAGCGCCCGGCUGCAGGACGACAGCAGCAUCCGUAAGGGCUGUGACUCCUUGAAUCGGAACCAGCCCAGCCAGCUGCAGAGCCACAGGGCUCGGCUCCACCAGCAGAUCAGCAAGGAGCUGCGGAUGCGGACGGGUGCUGAAAACCUUUACAGAGCCACCAGCAACACCUGGGUCCGAGAGACAGUCGCCUUGGAGCUGAGCUAUGUCAACUCCAACCUGCAGCUGCUAAAGGAGGAACUGGCAGAGCUGAGCAGCAGCGUGGAUGUGGACCAGCCGGAGGGUGAAAGUGUUACCAUUCCCAUGAUCCCCCUGGGCCUGAAGGAAACCAAGGAGUUGGACUGGGCCACACCCCUGAAGGAGCUGAUUUCGGAGCACUUUGGAGAGGACGGUGCCUCCUAUGAGACAGAGAUCCAGGAACUAGAGGACCUACGGCAGGCCACGAGGACUCCCAGCAGGGAUGAGGUGGGCCUGGAUCUGCUGGCAGCCUACUACAGCCAGCUCUGUUUCCUGGAUGCACGUUUCUUCAGCCCUGCCAGGAGCCCAAGGCUUCUCUUCCACUGGUACGACUCGCUCACGGGGGUCCCGGCACAGCAGCGGGCUCUGGCCUUCGAGAAGGGCAGUGUACUGUUUAACAUUGGGGCACUCCACACGCAGAUCGGAGCGCGGCAGGACUGCUCCUGCACCGAGGGCACCAGCCAUGCCACUGAGGCUUUCCAGAGGGCUGCUGGGGCCUUCAGACUCCUGAGGGAGAACUUCUCCCAUGCACCGAGCCCAGACAUGAGCGCCGCAUCUCUCUCCAUGCUGGAGCAGCUCAUGGUGGCGCAGGCACAGGAGUGCAUCUUCAGGGGCUUUUUGCUGACAGCCUCAGACACACCUGACAACUGUCUAGCUCAGCUGCAGCUGGCCCAGGAAGCUGCCCAGGUGGCAGCUGAGUAUGGGCUUGUGCACCGGGCCAUGGCCCAGCCGCCUGUCCAAGACUACCUGCCCGCCUCCUGGACCAACCUGGCACACGUCAAGGCUGAGCACUUCUGCGCCCUGGCCCACUACCACGCAGCCAUGGCCCUCUGCGAAGGCUCCUCAGCAGACAAGGAGGAACUCUCAAGGCGGGAGCAUGUCUUCCAGCCCUCAACUACCUGUGAGCCCCAAGGUCCCACACUGCCACAGCACCCAGAAGAGCGCAGGAAGCUUGCCAAGGCCCACCUGAAGCGUGCCAUCCUGGGCCAGGAGGAGGCGCUGCGGCUUCACACUCUGUGCCGGGUCCUGCGGACGGUGGACCUGCUACAGGUCGUGGUGACUCAGGCACUGCGGCGCUCGCUGGCCAAGUACUCAGAGCUCGAGCGUGAGGAUGACUUCUUCGAGGCUGUGGAGGCCCCCGACAUCCUGCCCAAGACCCACCAAGCCCCAGAGGUGAGAGUGCCCAGCCUGUCCCAGAUGAAGGCGACGGACUUCUUCCAUCGGCUGGGCCCCCUGUCCGUGUUCUCAACCAAGAAUCGGUGGCGGUUGGUAGGGCCGGUGCACAUGACUCCGGGAGAGGGCGGCUUUGGUUUCACACUGCGGGGAGACUCGCCCGUCCUCAUCGCUGCUGUUGCUCCUGGGGGUCAGGCUGAGUCCGCUGGCCUGAAGGAGGGUGACUACAUCGUGUCCGUGAACGGGCGGCCUUGCAAGCGGUGGAAACACGUGGAGGUGGUGGCGCAGCUGAGGGGCGUGGGCGAGGAAGGCGUGAGCCUGCAGGUCGUGUCCAUGCUGCCCAGCCCUGAGCCACGUAGCACGGGACCCCGACGACCAGCACUGCUGUGGAGCCAGAGGGAGUGUGGCUUUGAGACACCACUGGCUGCACGUGCCCGCCCCUGGCCCAUCCUUGGCUGGAGCCGUAAGACCAAACAAAGCAAGACUGGGAGCCACCCUGACCCCUGCACCAACAGGAACUGUGUCACCUGUCCCUGAGCUGGACACUGUGGACCCCUGUGGACCCAGGGUGGCAGUGGAGGCCAUCUUCCUGUGUACAUCACCCUGUGACCAGCUCCAGCUAGCCAGGUGUACCUAGUGCAUUCUGUCCUCUGCUCUGGGGCGCCCUCAGGCUGCCCCCACCUUGCUUAGAGCUAGAGAUGUCUAUUAAAAAUGCCAGCCAGAUGA